AUGACCCAAGACAUCGACUCCCAGGCCCUGGGUCUUGAGCACAGCCCGGUUGAUGACGACUGCGGGGUAGAGGUCAAGGAGCUUCCCUUGAUCACCCGACUGGAGACAGAAGACGAUUUGGACUUCCUGAUCAGGGAGCUUGAAGAAGAGGACGGCAAAGAUCCUGACCCAGAAGCCCUGACGAUCGACCCUCGUAACGAUAUCCACAGCCCAUCGCCUUUCCUUUCAACAGACCUCAGAACAGGUCUUAGCGAGGUGGAAGUUGAGGCUUCACGACGGAAAUACGGUUGGAACAUCCUAGAAGAGGAACGAGAGAGCCAGUUGAUCAAGUUUCUCAUGCUAUUUAUCGGGCCAGUGCAGUGUGUCAUGGAGAUUGCAGCACUCCUUGCAGCCGCUCUGCAAGACUGGAUUGACUUUGGUGUGAUCUCAGGUCUUCUUUUGCUCAACGCCCUUGUGAGCUUUAUCCAGGAAUACCACGCCGGAAACAUCGUCAAAGCCCUGAAGAAAACUCUUGCUCUCAAGGCCACUGUCAUUCGCAAUGGAUCCAAGGAGGAAAUUCCCGUCAAGAGCGUUGUUCCUGGGGAUAUUGUUUUUCUUGAAGAGGGAGUGAUUGUUCCAGCUGAUGGGUUCAUUGCGUCUGAAAAUGCACAUCUCCAGGUCGACCAGUCCGUAAUCACAGGAGAGUCCCUUGCUGUGGAUAAACACUCAAAUGAUCCAUGCUUUGCAUCCUCCAUCAUCAAACGUGGAGAGGCUUUGAUGAUUGUGACUACCAUUGGUGACAGGACAUUUGUUGGAAAAGCCGCAGCCCUUGUGAACAAAGCCACAAAUCGAAAAGGACAUUUCACUUUGGUUCUGGAGGGAAUAGCUAGGGUCUUGAUGACUCUCGUCAGCUUCACUCUCCUUGCAGUAUGGAUCAGCUCGUACUACAGGUCAAACGAAAUCCGUCAGAUUCUAGAGUUCACACUGGCCAUCACGAUUGUCGGUGUCCCUGUCGGCCUUCCAGCAGUUGUAACCACAACAAUGGCUGUGGGGGCAUCUCAGCUUGCCCGAAAGUCUUGUAUUGUUCAAAAGCUCUCCGCCAUAGAGUCCUUAGCCGGUGCGGAUAUCCUUUGUUCGGAUAAAACUGGCACCCUCACUCGAAACAAGUUGGCCCUUGGAGAUCCAUUCACGCUUCCUGGAGUUAGGAUCAAUGAUCUCAUUCUCACUGCUUGCCUAGCAGCAAGUCGGAAGAAGAAGGGUCUUGAUGCCAUUGAUCGUGUCUUUAUCAAAAUCCUCAAGAAGUAUCCAGAUGCCAAGACUCAAAUGGACAUGCAUAGAACCAUCGGGUUCCAUCCUUUCGAUCCAGUGUCCAAAAAGGUCACCUCUGUGGUACAAAAUGCUGACGGCGAGAGAAUAAUCUGUACAAAGGGAGCCCCCAUGUCAGUUUUGCGUACAGUUCAGGAGGAUCAACAUGUCCCAGAGGAAAUUCAGAAUGCUUACACGGCGAAGGUUGCUGAGUUUGCCAGCCGCGGGUUUCGGGCUCUUGGUGUAGCUCGCAAGGUUGGAAAUGGUGAAUGGCAGAUCCUCGGAAUUGCGCCCUGUUUGGACCCUCCACGUUAUGAUACGAAAAGAACAAUCAAAGAAGCACAUCAACUGGGUCUUCGUAUCAAGAUGCUCACUGGAGACGCUGUGGGAAUCGCAAGAGAGACUGCGCGCUCCCUAGGACUGGGCACGAACAUAUACAAUGCAGAACGUCUUGGCGUGACUGGAGCUGGUGAUCUGCCUGGAUCUAAAGUCAAUGACUUCGUGGAAGUUGCGGAUGGGUUCGCCGAAGUGUUUCCGGAGCAUAAAUAUAGAGUUGUAGAGAUCUUGCAGCGGCGGGGACACUUGGUUGCCAUGACGGGGGAUGGUGUCAAUGAUGCGCCCUCUCUCAAACAAGCAGAUACAGGUAUUGCGGUUGAAGGCUCUUCAGACGCUGCACGCUCCGCUUCUGAUAUUGUCUUUCUUCAACCUGGACUUUCUACCAUCAUCCACUCCAUUAAGUGCUCACGCCAGAUAUUUCACAGGAUGUAUUCGUACGUGGUUUAUCGAAUCGCGUUAACCCUCCACCUGAUCAUGUUUCUCGGCGCUUGGAUCAUCGCCAUGGACACGACUUUGGACCUCCGUCUCGUGGUUCUGCUCGCUAUCUUCGCUGAUGUUGCCACCUUGGCCAUUGCUUAUGACUCGGCUCCUUACGACAUAGCUCCUGUUCGAUGGAAUUGUCCCAAGCUUUGGGGCACCUCAAUUGUUCUCGGCACAACACUCGCUACAGGAUCUUGGGUCGCCCUCGGGACCAUGUUGCUACAAGGUGAACACAAAGGCAUCGUGCAGAACUUUGGGGAUAAGAGUAUGGUCGUAUUUGUGGAGAUUACUUUGACACAAAACUGGUUGAUUUUUAUUACGCGUCUUCAAACCCGCCGCCCUGGACCGUUGUGGAAGCCCGGCCCCUCCCUGGCGCUCAUCAUCGCCGUUUUUUCUGUGGACAUGAUCUCAACGCUCAUGUGCUUUUUCGGUGUUCUGAGCGACACGCCUUCUUCUGGUCUAACCAUCGCUCGAGUCUGGAUUUUCUCUGCAGGAAUCACCUUUGUCAAUGGUGUCUUGUACGUGUUUCUCCAGCGUUCCCGCUGGUUUGAUGACUUGGUGAACGGAAGGAUGUGGCGUCGCAGACCCCUCCCGCGUGACACUGAGGACUUUGACACCAGUGCCGGUCGGCUUUCUGUCCAGCACGUGCACCAGUAA